AUGCCGCGCCAAGGCGAGCCCAGCAAGUCGUGGGGGCCGUGCACCCUGUUCGAGUUCACUGACGACGACGUCAAAUGGCUCGACAGUUUGGAGGUCAACCAACUCCUCUGCACAGAGGAAAUAUGCCCCACGACGGAGCGCAAACACCUCCAAUUCCACAUCACCUUCAAGCGGGCCUACAGGCUCCCGGCGUUGAAGAAGAUGCUUCCCAGAGUCCAUUGGGAGGCGCAAUACUGCACGCAGGACGACAACUACUCGCGGAAGCGAGACAGCAAAGUCCUAAUCGGCAAGGACAACCGCAAACGGCCGGGGGAACGGACGGACCUGCAAGCAAUCAAGCGGGUCCUCACCGAGACGAAUUCGGUACGAUCCCUCAUGCCAAUGGCCUCCAGCAGCCAGCAAAUCCAAUUCGCCAAGCAGUGGCUCGAACACAUGGAACAACCGCGACCAGUCGGGGACAUUGAGGUCCACUGGCGCUGGGGCAAGACGGGAGUCGGGAAGACCCGCUACGUCUGGGACAUGCACGGAGUCGACGAAAUCUACCAGCCCACCAGCUACAAGUGGUGGCAGGGGUACGACGGUCACAAAAUCGUGCUGAUCGACGAGCUCCGCGCCAACUGGUGCACCUUCGGGCAGCUACUGCGCUUACUGGACCGCUACCCUUUUACGGUCGAGACCAAGGGGGGGUCUAGGCAGAUCCAGGCUACCGUCUGGUACAUCACGAGCUCUAAGCACCCUGCGGAGCUCUUCGAUCCCCGCCAUUUUGACGCCGCUGAGCGGGUAGACCAACUACUCCGACGGCUGACUACCAUCACGGAAGUACUCGAGCCGGAAACGGCGGAGCAGGCUGAUGCAAUGGAUUGGCAGCACGACGAAGCGCGUGAAUAUGCUGGCGGGCGCGUAAGCUGCCCUGAGUGGUAA